AUGAAUAUUGUGGCAAGGUUCAAAGCAAAGACAAAAGUGCAACAAAUUACUGCUUUGUCGUUGAAAAGAGAUCUUGGAUUACUGCCGGAAGGCGAGGAAGAAGAGAAGCAGCAGAUGAAUGAGGAACAGCCCAAGAUCAAUCGCCUUCGCCAGGGCCACGUCCGCUAUGGACGAGCAGCGCUUCAGCUUCUCGCUCCUGGUGGGUUCCACCCCGAACCUCCCGUUCAUCGACAGCCCAGGCCAAGCUCCACGUCCUCGUCUUCUUCUUCUUCCUCCGCCGGAAGCUUCUUGUUCUCGUUGUUCGAGCUCGUGAAAGGGUUGCAAUUUUUGGUGGGGAUAAACCCAAAUUUCAGUUGGGGAUCACCUUGUUUGCCGGGGAAAAUGGAUAAAGAUUGGAUUUUGUUUCUCAAUUCAAGAAAGGGAAAAAUUGAGAGAGGGAGAGAGAGAGAGAGCGAGAGAGAGAAGGGAGGAACAGAAAAUACUGGGUUUUCGAGGGUCCAAUCGGAGAACAAAAGGGGCAUCGGAAAAAUGAUGGAAGCCAUUAGAGAUAGCGGGCUUGAAGUUCUGUAUGAUUGUAGGGCGGAAGAAAAUGUAAAGAAAUAA